UGAUUUUAACAAAAAAUAUACUAAACUGAGUACCCACUUUUUCCAUGAACAAACCAUCCAAUUUUCCCACAUUUCUCCAUCUACAUUGUGGAUGGUCCAAGGGAUAGGGCCUACGGGGAAAGUGGGAGCACCGGCCGGCCUUAUCCAAUCGCUCACUUUUGUUUAAUUAAUUAGUACGUUACCUCAUUUAUUACGAUUUCAAAUUCCCAGUCUACUAAAUCUCUCCACCUCAGAUCACCGCCAUCCCCUACUCUCUCUGCCUCCAGCUACCUUGGGAUCUUAGAUCAGAACCAGAUUGGAGGCGAGUCCGGAGGUCCGAUUUGAUCAGUUUUUGGGGGCGAUAAUGGCACUUCGGAUCGCGUACGGAGUGGUGUUCCUGUCCAUGUCGUGUACCUGCUUCAUGCUUCUCCACCUCCUCCUCACUCCAGUCCUCUACCUCGCUCCCUGACGCCCGCUCAGAUCGCCGGCCGGAUCUGUACAGUCAGUUUUAUCUUCUGCUUGCGUUUUUCUCUGCGCGUCGGUUCCCCGGUGAUGAUCUAUUUGCAGCCGGGUCUCUGUCACAAUUAAAUUUUAGCAUGAGAUCGAUUUUUGGAGAUGGUGGUCCGGUUCUCUGUUUCCUCUUCUUCUUCUUCUACGGCAGACGGAUGAUUCCGGCGAGUGCUUGGUUGGAUUUUGUAUCUUGGCUUGUGUUGUUAGUUGUACCACUGCAAAAUGUUUAUUUGUGUGAUUAUGUGGAAUGGAAUUGGAUGAGUUAUCUGCUUUAACCCUAAUUUUUUCUGGCUUUUUGGCUCCAUGAUUGCAUCCUUAAUCAAAACUGCAGAGGAUCCAAUAGAUCACAGAUUUGCGUCAUCAAAAUCCACUGCUUUUGUGAUCAAUUAGUGCAGAAAGCCCCCCUAUUAAGUGGGUUUUUUGAACCUUUUGAUGCCUCCUCUGGAUUUUACAGUCCCAAAUCCACAAACGCGGAAGAAGAGAAUUCGCAUAUUAGUCAAAAAGAAGAAGCUCAAACGUUUCACAAUACCAACGACCCCAAAAGUACUAAUAAGUAAUAUAUAAAUCAAACAAUGAAACACGAAGGAAUUUGUUUAUCAUGAUAUUUUAAAACCCUCUCUAAAAAAAACGAAGAAAAAUCCCCAAGAGUUAGUGGGUUCCCUUCACCAUUCCUGCGCUGCGCGCACGUUUUCCCCACCAACCCCUGCUUCUUCCCAUUCUUCCAAUGUUGGUGUUCGGGACAUUCAAUAAAAUCACCAUAACCGACCAACAUAUCAUCGGCGGACUCUUGAGGGAAGAAGAAGAAGAAGAAGAUGGAGAAUUCUGUGGGAGUUGGUCUAAUGGCUGCGUUUGCAAUCUCGGGAAGCGUUGCUCUCAUUUCUAUCCAGCUCCAAAACCGCCUCAUUUCCAAUUUCAUGGACAAGAUUGAAGUCCAGCUGGCGAGGAGGAGGAGAAGAAUAAUCCAUCACCAUAAUCGUAAACACCAAUAUAAGCAGGGGAAGAGGGUCCGAUUUGCAGAACAUGUAAUGGAGUUUUCCCCUGUUUCCCAAGAUAGUGAUGAUUAUGAUGACAACAGGCAGAUUCUUUACAAAGGGAUUAUGGUUAUGGAUGAAAGGACCCUUGAAGAGUACCGCAACUCCACUUGUAUCUAAGGAAUCGCCAACCAUUGGAGCGACGAAAAGCUCCAAUCUUGGAACCGUGAUGUAAUGGCGCCACAGAUAAUGAUUUUUUUCUUCUUUUGAUAGACACAGAUAAUAAAUUAAACUGUUAACUUUAUUGUAAUUUAUAUAUUUACUUAUUAUUAAAUAAUUAAGUUUAUACAUUUAUGGCUUUUAAUGUACUAUUAAAUGUAAUGUUAGCUUAGAGAUGAAGUGAAAUAAUCGCACGUAUUUUAUACGUAAUUUUUCCAUAUCAUAUUUUUCUAACUAUGCUUAAGUAGCAACAAUUAGUAGUUAGUAUAAUACAACAACAACCUUUAGGAGGGGUAUAUGUAUAUAAACAAAGGUGGGCAUUUUUGUAUUUUUACCAAAUUUCACACCAUCAAUUCCCACAAAACUAAACCCUAUCCAAACGUGAAAUUUUGUUCAAUUUCCACACGUCAAUUCCUUGGUUUUGUAAAAUAUGGAAAUUCAGACAAAUUCCCACGUUUUCAAAUUUCCACAUCCAAGUAUGCGCCCAAGCACAGGAAUUGUAAACAUUUGUUUCGAUUCGUUCAUUGUUUGUUGUUAUUGAGGAGGAAGGUUUAUAUUCUGGUGAUGGAAUUGUUUCAGCCGUAGUGUAGUCCGUAUUUCAUAUAUAAGCUGAGUUCGAAUUUGUUUUCCCGGCAAGAAAAAUAAAGAUGAACAGAAUUGGAUUUGCACCUUUGACUUCCAAACAAACGAUUAACAAACACGGUCCACACCUCUUUGAACAAAGUUCAAACAAGGGUGUUCGAUGUUCUUGGUGAUCUACAAGGCAAACUAAAUUACAUUAAUUCUACUCCUAUGGAGGUUCAGCGAGAGCUCCGAAACUACAACUAUGGCUAUGACUACAUUUGCAGAGGAAAAGGUAAAGAUAAAAGGAUAAAUUUGACAAUAGGUUGUCUGGUGUGAUUUUGGCGAACCCCUUCUCUGUCAUCUUCACCUCCUAUUUAUAGCCAUAAGAAGUAACUGCCACAAGAAACUGCUCUGCUGACGUGGAGUGACAGUUGCCCUCUCAACUGCUUCGACGGUUACCUUGACGUUGGAUGUAGACCAAUCUUGGCCUCUCCUCUUGAAACCUCACUCCGUGCUCUUGGUAUCCCCUCCGUAGCUUUGCUUGUCUAUGGAGAAAAAAUGGCUAAGGCAUGAAAGCAGACCACGUGCCACAUAUGAGUGGGUACUCGAAUCACUUGAGUCAAAAAUGGCAAAAACACUUCACCAUUACAGGAGUAGGGAGACCACGUGCCCACCUGACCCCCCUUGACCACCUCACGAGGGUGAUGUCUUGGUAGCCCCCCCUGGCAACCUCAUGGGGGCGAUGUUGACCACGCCCCUUGGGGGCCAUACCAUGGGGCGUAUGCUGGUGACCCCCUGACCAUCCCAUAGGGGUGGAUAUUAAACACCGCCCUGAUCAUAUCAUGGGGAUUGCAUGCUCAUGGCGGGGUGUGUUGAUGGCCACCCCCUGAUCAUCUCAUAGGGGUUGCAUGCUCAUGGCAGGGUGUGUUGAUGGCCACCCCCCGAUCAUCUCAUGGGGGUUUCUCCUUGCCAUCCUUGGUGAUCACCCUCCCUGAUCAUACCAUGGGGCCCCCAUCCUUCUCCAUACUUAAUCGUAGUUCACCCCCAUGGGAGUUGGCAAUAUGACCCCCUCACUACGUCCUGAGUCACCCCCUUACCACGUCAUGGGGGUGUCGAUAUGGUACUCACGCCCUUGGUACCUCCUGGGGGUGGCAGUAUGAUGCCUACCCCCCUUACCACGUCCUGGGGGUGGUAAUUCUUCUCUUUGCCUUAGCCAAAUUCGGCCAUCACCCCCCUCACAAUGUUCUGGGGGUGGUAUGAUGGUGGCCACCCCCCUUGGUACCUCCUGGGGGUGGCGGUAUGAUGCCCACCCCCCUUGCCACGUCCUGGGGGUGGUAUGAUGGUGGCCACCCCCUUGGUACCUCCUGGGGGUGGCGGUAUGAUGCCCACCCCCUCUGGGUGUCAUGGGAGUGGAUCCCAUACUUAGCCAAAUUUGGAGAUACAUGGCGCGCGUGGUGGCACGGAGUAAUGGGCCCAAAAAACCCAAUCUCCAUGGCCCACUCAAUUGAUUUAAACUGAUAUGAUUAAGUUGGCCUUAUAAAGCCAUUUAAUUCCUUGUUUUUAACCAAUGUGGUACAAGGUUUAUUUUUAUGGGUAAACAAAAUUUAAAAUAAAAUAUCCCAAGAUAAUUUUUCAGACAUUUCUAGAACAUGUUUUCACAUUCUGAGAAUUUUGAAAAACAAAUUUACAUGAUAUCAAUGUUAUUAUAUCAUAUCAAAUAGUCAUUUAUAUUAGUUCAUCAAUGUGCGUAGUAUUUUUACCUAAUUCAUUGGCUCAUUAUAAAUAUCCUUUCAAAACUUGUAGAGGAGGCUGGUAGCGAGAACGGUAGAUCAGUUUUUAGAUUACCAUGGUUCUAAGAAAUUUAUGAAUUCUAUUUAGUUCUAGAAAACUCAUAGUCUUUUUUUCAAAUCAUAUAAAUAAUAAUCUAGGUGUGGUUCCAAAACUAAAAUAUGAUUGUGAUAGACAAAAAAAAACUCAUUAUUAGGUUAAAAGGAAGAUAGCAAGUUUCAACAAGAAGAGAAUUUGGUGGAAGAAGAGUAAAGUAUAGAACUAAGGAUUUUAUACAUGAAGGAUGAAGUUUUAUUUGAUUUUAAUAUUAUUUAUGGAGAAACUAGAAUGUAUUAUAGAUAAAUGACGAUGAACUUAGGCCUCGUUUGCUUCAUGGAAUUCGUUAUGAAUUUGGUACGUAAGAAUUAAGUAUCAUGGACUUUGUACAUAAUUUGUCGUUUGCUUGAUGGAUUUAGCAGGAAUAAAUCCGUGGACCUCACAGACUUGAGAAUUCCACCCCAAGAGAUGAGAUUUGUGUUAGGAGUACAAAGUCCAUAAUGACUUUUUACAAUUUUAACCCUGCUUAUUUCACUAAUCACCAACUUAUCCUCUUUCAUUUACUAAUGACCAACUUGUAGUGCAUUUUAGUUUUGCAUUCAAUAUUCAUUAUUAUACAUUGCACGCAAGCACUACAUGAUUAAUCCCAAAGCAUACUUUGCAAUUGCAACAAUGAAAACCUUAGUGAAUUGUCAAUUGUGUGCAUAAUAUGACGUUGUUAUAAAUUAAUGAUGUUUAUUUGUUCCAAUGUGAGGGUGGGUCGUCACCCACUCGAACAGAAUAGGUGUGAGGGUCAGGGCCGUCCAAUUCAUCACGGAGGCCCUGUUCCAAAUUUGAGAUGUGACCCAAAUUGAUUUUUAACUAUAAUAAAAUUAUAAUGAUUAUAUCAUAAUUACUUGAAAUGUAAUAUCUUGCUAAUAUUGUUUAAAAUAAAAUUAUCUAGUAUGCCUCUAAUUUUCGUAUUCUUCAUGGGAUAAUUCCAAUUAUUAUCAUGGCUAUUCCAUUAAAAAAAUAUUUAUAUUAUCUUUCUAAUACAAAUAGUAUUUCAGAACACAAACAAUAAUUUAACAAUCAAUAUAAGUGUCUAGUGUAUAUAUACAUGAGAAAAUUAAUCAAUGGCUAACACUAAUAUUAAUUAAUAUAAUUAAACUCAUUAUUAUACUCAUAAUUAAUUAAUUAAUCAUACACUACAAAUACAACCUACAAUAUAUUAUGGGUUAACUAAAAGAUCUAAGUGGAGGCCCCUAAUAAUCGGAGGCCCUAUGCCGAAAGGCGGCUUGACACACCCUCUAGGUCGGGUAUGGUGAGUGUGAGAUUUAAUGACCUACAAUUCACUCACAUCAAUUACUCCCAAAACGAUUUGAGCUAUUUAUGAAUAAAUCGAUGUCAACCUGCAAUUCAACCACUCACUUAGUUUUCCCACGAUAUCAGUAUGAUGGAUGUUUUAGCCCUCCCGUCAUUACUGAACCAAUUUCUAAUGUUAACCCAGAUUUUAACAGUUAUCCUUUAUUUGGGUUGGAAGUUGGAUAGUGUUUUGAAGUGUUAAAUGAGUAACGAGUAAUUCUCAUGCAAAGCAAGGGGGCAAGUUCCAUGAAAAGGCAUAUUGUAAGUUUGGGCUGUAGUUGCUCGAUGGGCUACAGCCUACAGCAACUCAUCAAUGCCGGUCAACACAAAGAAACAAUUAUGUCGUCCAUGGGACACAAAACUGCCACUAGCCUCUCACAUGCAGUGGAGAAAAAGGAUUGAAAAGUUGAAAGUAUCGGCGGUUCGAUCAAACCAUGAUUUUAACAUAAAAUACUCUAUCGCUAAUUUUUCGGUACGAUCUCCGGUACGGUAUUUCAAUUUUUGGAAAAUAGCCGGAAAUGGACCCACGAAGUUUGGAAGGAGAAGGAUGAUUCAUGUUAAAAUAGAGUUGAGAGUUGGAAAAGAAAGAAGCCUGGAUCGUACAUGGAUGGAUCGUGGCAGGGAAAUGGGAACUUCUCACAUGGAAUGUUUGGGUUUGUAGAAAGAGACACCUUCUGCUUCUGCGGUGCCUGCAUUCAGAUUGGUUAUUAUUAUGAUUGUGUAUAAUGUCACUCACUCACUCUACUGUGGUCCUUUUCUUGUGCGCAUUGGUCUCAAAGCCCACCCUGUUUUACCCUUUGUUUCUUUCCUUCUUUGGCUUCUCCUCGUCAAUCUUUCGCCUAUUGUUGGGCAAACAACAGAAAGGUGGUUGUGAUUGUGAUUUAUGAGUAAGAAUGCCCCCAUCAUUUAGCUUAUUGACCACUUAAUUUCAAGUUAUUCAAGAGGGUAAUGAUGAUUUAAGUAGUCUUUGGUAUUAAAAUGCUCGAUUUGAACUGCAAAGUUGACAAUUAAUGCUUCGUAAUGGACUUCUGGGCUCUGACCUCCUAGGUUGGAUCAAGACAUCUAGUUGACAAGUAAGACUCUUGUUUAAUGUCGAGUACAGGGCUUUGACCUCCUAAUUUGGAUCAAGACUUCUAGUUGACAAGUAAAGACUCUUGUUUAAUGUUUGAGUACAUUGAACAAAGAGGUUGAUUAUCUCAAUCUCGAGCUCGAUCGAGCUCGUCCCAUAACAAUCCUCCCCUCAAGCCAAGAACCACGAGUUUCGCGUCCUCUUUUCAGUGAUGGUCUUGAUCCGCCAGACGCUUUGCAUUGAUGGGCUUCUCGGUACAAGGACUUUAACUGUUUCCUGGAUCGCAUAUCUCAAAUCCCGAUAUCACCGAAUGAGGGUCCCACCGAACUGACGUCCACCGUCCCGGAUCCGCCGAACCAGGCUCUGAUACCACUUGUCAGAACAGAAGCGUGCAAUUGAUAAUCCAAAUCAACAUGAACGAACACAAAUUUAACGUGGUUCACUAACACAAUAUGUGCUAGCUAAUCCACGGCAAGGGAGAACAAAUUUCACUGAUUUGAGGAGAGUACAUGUUACAAACCAAAUUCCGAACGGCCAAACCAAACAAACUAACCUGACUGACCUUACCACAUAUUUGGGAGAUGAAGAGUAUUUAAUUAUUUAGGGUAAAUACAAUUUAAUAUCCAAACCUUUUAUUUUAAACAAUAUAAUAGCCAAACCUUUUCGAAAACAAUCUAAUAUCCAAAUCGUCAACUUUUUGUCUGUUUGACCGUUAGUUGACACUUCAAAAAAGUUCGAAGUACGACACUUCAUCAAUAUUCAUCGAUAUCUUCUCUAAAAAACCACCAACAUAUCGUAGUUCCAAAUCCGAGAAGUCUAUGACUCCACCAUGAUUAUAUAGAAUAUCUAAAUAUUCAGUCAUCUGCAAUACAAAAACAAGAAAACAAAGUUUUAUCGUGACAAUUUCCCAUAAACAAAGCUUUUUUGAAGUGUCAACUAACGGUCAAACAAACGGAAAGUUGACAAAUUGGAUAUUAGAUUGUUUUCGAAAAGGUUUGGCUAUUAAAUUGUUUAAAAUGAA